AUGAGCUCCUCAAAAGACAAAGGAAAAGGCCCCCAAAAGCCCACAGACAAUGACAACCUACCACCCAACGGACCACCAUCACAAGAUCAAGAUCCCUCACUGCUCUCUCGGAUCACAGCCUCGGCAAGCACCCUCUCCCGCAGCGCUUUCACCGGAGCUCCAACCAGGAAUGAACUGCACGCCACAGCGCGCUCUGCCCUCCCAGGUGGAAACAAAACAUCAUCGUCUUCCAACAUCCCCGGGGGAAGCGGAAGCGGAAGUUCAGCAUGGGCUGAAAGUUCGCGAGCCCAGCAGCAGCCGAGUCAUCUGCGGGAAGGGGGUUUUCGAGGAGUAGGCGACAGCGAAGCCCACACUUCCCUAUCCGAGCAGGAGUUUUCUUCAUUUCUGGAUGGGAUUGAUUCUUUUACGCCUUCUUCUCUUUCUGAAGAGAAAAUUACCGGCCUUGGUGGAGAUGAUGCUCUUAAACCUAACUGGGAUGAGAACCAUAAUGCUUUAGUAGAUGCAUGGAGUAGAUCACAACACCCUCCGCUAACCAGCAAUUUGCAAAACAACCAUGAUGUUGGGACGACAGUGCAGGAGCAGCAACUUCGGGAUGGCGAAGAAGUCCUAGCCAUAUUAUCAGCCCCCGAUUUUCUCAUGGAGGAACAAUUCUCACUUCCUUCAUUGGAAGACGAAUCCCCACCCAAUUGGGGACUUUCCCACGAGCAAAUCUCUCAAAUCCGCACCCUAAUGAACGAGAUAUUUCCUCCUGAGCCUUCGCAGCAGCACGUUGAGAUAUCUGCCGACCAUCCACUUAAUCUAGCCCCUGCCUUAGAGAUGUCGGGCUUGGAAACUCAGGACGAGGCUCUGCAGGCGAGAGAACACUGGCGUGAGCAAUGGGAGGGUGUGCUGACGCGGUAUACUGAUGAGGUCUGGGGAGAGUUGUUGCCGUUGGUGAAGGAAGCGCGGAAGGAGGUUGAGGAAAUGAGGGAUGAGCAGAAACCAAUGGAUGAGACUCCGAAGGCGCUGAGGCGGUUAGGUGCUAUAUUGGGGCAUUUACGGAAUAAUGAUGGGUCACGGUUAUAA